CUUCUGUUUUAUAUAUGAAAAAGAAAAAUAUUUACGCUUAUACGUAGGAAAAAUACCCCUUAUAAUAAUAAUAAUAUGCAAAAAUCAGAAUGAGCGAGGUAGGGCACGCACAAUAAUUUUCGAUUAAAUUAAGUCGAUCUCGCCACGUCAAUUCGUAAGUUCAAUCUCAUCCCAGUUUCAAUUCCGUCAAUUAAUUUCGUGUUUUUUUCCCCCCAAUUUUUUAGGGUUUAUAAACAAAUUUAGGGUUUUUAUUGGUUAAUUAGUUUCUGUUAAGAUGUCCGUAACGGCGGGUGUAAGUGAUACUGUAAUAGCAAUUAGGGAUAAACUUAGAGGCAAAAUCGGGCAGACGAAAGUUAAACGUUACUGGCCCGGUAAAGCCCCGGAAUGGGCAGACGAUGGGGAUGACGACGGGGGUAUCGAUACGGGUAGACGUGCUGAUUUAGAAAAGGCGUUUCCGAGUAGAGAAGUUGAUAAUGAUGGGUAUGAUAAGAUAGUGAAAAGAGAUGAUCCUAGGCUUAGGAGAUUGGCGGAGAAUCGGUUGGAUAAUAAGGAGGAAGUGAGAGCGGAUCAUAGACGGAUUAGACAAGCGGAGAUUAUAUCGACGGAGGAAGAGGAGCAGAGGAGACAAGAAAGGUUGGAUUUUGAGGAGGAUGACGAGGAUGCGGUUGAUGAACGUAGGAGAAGGAUUAGGGAGAAGAAUUUGCAGAGGGCGCAAGAUGAAGAAAUGGCGGUGAUUGAGGAAGAGGAGGAGGAAGAGGAAGAAGAGGAGGAAGAGUCGGAGUAUGAGACAGAUUCUGAUGAGGAGCAUAUGGGAAUUGCUAUGGUGAAGCCGGUUUUUGUACCGAAGGCGGAGAGGGAUACGAUAGCGGAGAGGGAGAAGAUUGAGGCGGCAGAACAGGCGUAUGAGGAGUCGUUGAAGAAACGAAUGGUGGAAAGGAAGGCGGAGACGAAGAAGAUUGUUGUUGAGGAGAUACAGAAAGAUCAGGUGAUACAUAAUAAUUUGCAGUCAGAGGUGAAUGCUGAGGAUGUGGAGACUGAUGAUGAGCUGAAUGAAGCGGAAGAGUAUGAGGCAUGGAAGGCGCGUGAGAUAGCUAGGAUUAAACGAGAUAGAGAGGAUCGUGAUGCUAUGGUGAAGGAACGUGAAGAGAUUGAGAGGGUUAGGAAUAUGACUGAGGAAGAGAGGAGGGAGUGGGAGAGGAAGAAUCCAAAACCUUCUUCUGGUGCACCGAAACAGAAGUGGAGGUUUAUGCAGAAGUAUUAUCAUAAGGGUGCGUUCUUUCAGGAUGAUCCUGAUGAUACUGCUGCGACAGUCGGUUCCGAUGGGAUAUUUAAACGUGAUUUCUCUGCGCCGACCGGUGAGGAUAAGAUGGACAAGACUAUUUUGCCGAAAGUUAUGCAGGUCAAACACUUUGGUCGUAGUGGAAGGACGAAAUGGACUCACCUUGUUAAUGAAGAUACUACCGACUGGAAUAACCCCUGGACAUACAAUGAUACACUUCGGUCAAAAUACAACAACAAAAUGGCUGGUAUGAAUGCGCCUAUAGCAAAACCGAAAGGAAAAAAGAUCAAGGACUGGGAAUCUCGGUGAAACUGUGAGACAGGCUUGAAGGAAUACGUAAGCAUUUUGCAUGCAAUCAUCGAUCUCUGUCUGUAUUGGUUUAUUGUUUUGAAGUUAGGAGAUAGCUAGUAUUAACCUUGUGUGGGACCUUGAAUAUUUACAUUUGUUCUCUUGCUUGUUUAACCUUAAGUCUGAUCCAUCUCCAGAGUAUAUGUACCUUCAGAUUGGCUGUUUGAACAGCUAGAAGUUAAUUGAGCCUUUUUACAGAA